AUGUAACAAAGGUCAUAGCAAUCAAUUCCCUCUAAAGUGCCAGAACAAAGAAAUUUGAGUAGCUGUGCAGCAAGUUAGGAAUAGAAAUAGGGUGUCUGUCAAGUGUCGCAAUGCAGUGUUUCAUCAGAGAUACUGCACAUCAACAAUGUAUCUUAAACAAGAUCUCAACAUUCAUGACUGCAUUCAUUUGUGCCCCACAGGUUCUUCUCGACCCUUUUUGCUCUCCAAGCAGCCUUCAAAUGACAGUUCCAACCCCAACAAUGAUCUUCUGGGGCUGUCUCUACCAGAUUCAGAUUCAGCCAGUGUAAGCAGUGGAACCACCAGCAGUGUCAGCGCUCCCCUGGAUCAGCCGUCAUGUCACUCCCAGAGCGGCCUCAGAGAAUCCAACAUCAUCAGUGACAAUGAGACCAAUGACCAGGAGUGGCGAGACUGUCCCAGUGCUAUCGAGGCCCAGUUCUGCAGGCUUCGGCUGACCGAGGAGGCCUCCCAGGCGCCUGCUCCCCAUGUGCUUCCAGAGAGCGGAGAAGUGGACACUCCAGAAAGGCAGUGUUCUAUAAAGCGAGCUCACUUCAGCGCGGUAAAACGCAAGCCUGGCAGAGGCACGAGUAGCUUCAGACACAGCCAGGCGGCCCUACUGAACAUGCGUCGACAUAGCCACUCUUUGGACAGCCAGACUGAGACAAUGGCAAAUAACGUGGACCUUAACUCACUACUGGAGAAGGAGUUCAGCGUGCAGAGCCUGACCUCUGUUGUCAAUGAGGACUUCUUCUACGACAACACCGCGGAGGCAAAAAACGUGACUACUUCAUAGUGGUGUUGAGCCACAUUAUCCCACGCAGCCUUUCUAAAGUUAUUAGCCAAUUCAGGGAAGCAACUGAGGCCAGACAAUUCAUUUGGACCUUUUGUGGAACCACAGUUUGACAGACCUUCAUUCAAAAUGGUGUGAAGUGUUUCAUAAUUCUCCAUGAUCCACAGCACUAAUUCACUGAACUGGCCACAUUGCAACUGUUUUGCACCAGCGAACCAAAUUACCUGCCUUCACUCUUUUUACAUGGCAUCCUGAUGCAAAACUAAGACCAGUCUGCUCUCCCACACACAUACUAGGAGCUAUCCAGCAACAAGAACCGAAUUCUGUCAGGUUUUUAAUUUUGCCUUGUGUUUUGGACACUACAUAGGUUUAAAGCAAGAAGCAUUGCUUCUAUUUUUGUCAUGGGUUUGCUUUGUAUAAACUUUUAUUUAUUAGCAAGUUUCUUUUUCACAGGAAUCCAGAAUGUUGGGUUAAGACUUUGGCAGGAGAUCUCAGUGGACAAACUACUUUUGUUACAAAAACAUGGUCAGUUGUAAACAAUCAACCUGGACUUUAAAUGUGCUAUGCUGGAAAUGUAAAUCUGAAAUAAAGCCUGCAGUUGUUGUUUUUUUCAGAAUGUUUAAAUGUGUAAAUAGUAUUUUUUUUUCAUGGAUUACUGUAACUUAAUUUUAAGAGUUUACUGUUGAUACUUCACAGCCAAAAACUGUAAUAAAAAGGUGUCUGAUUACAUUG